AUGAUGACGUCAUCAGCUUGCGACAAGAGGAGUGCGUUAGCACUAGCAUCUCCGGUGUUGUUGUGAUCCUUGUGUUCGAUCCCCGCGCAGCAUGGCCCCCCACACCACCGUGCCAUGGUCCGUCAGCGAGGUGACCCAGUUCUUGGUUCUGGUGGCGGACGAGAAGAUCCAGGCGGAGUUGGACGGCAGCAGGAACCAGAAGGUGUACAAAGAACUGUCCCAGCUAAUGGCGGCUUAUGGCUACGAGAGAACUUUCCGUCAAUGCAGAGAGAAACUGAAGAAGAUGAAGAGCGACUACAGAUCCAUUAAAGACAACUUGUCCACCAGGAAGACAUGGAGGUGGUUCCCGCACAUGGACGCCAUCUACGGACACCCUGCUACACCUGCUGGGCCGCAGACACAUGACUUCAUGGAGGUCAUCAUUGAUGAUGACUUAAGUCCGUCUUUGGUGGAGCCCUCCACCCCCCAAAGCGUCUCGGCCCCGAAGGCAGAAGCCACGCCCACGCCGUCCCAGCCGUCGGAGGCGGAGUCUGAGGAGGAGGACGAGGUGGCGCCGGCCAAGCCCAAACGCAGACCGAGAGGCACACGCGAGUCGGAGCUGGUGGCCGUCCUGCAGAGGAUCCACUCGGCGGACCUGAGGCACCACCGGGUGGACGAGGCGCAGCAGGAGCGCAUCCUGCGCCUGCAGGAGAUGCAGCUCCAGCAGCGCUCGGAACACUUCCAGCUGGCCCUGGAGGAGAUGCGUCUGGCCAGAGAGAUGGAGGUCUCCCUGCGGAGGGAGCAGCUGGACUCCACCAACACCUUCAACCAGGCCUUCCUGGGCAUGGUGGGCCAGCUGCUGCAACGCCCGGGCCAGCAGUGAACCUGCAGGAACCAGCAGGGGGCAGCACUGCACUGCAGGAACCAGCAGGGGGCAGCACUGCACUGCAGGAACCAGCAGGGGGCAGCACUACACUGCAGUGUCAGAGGAAGAUGCUGAUGGUCCUAAGAUGUCUUCUUGUAUAUAUUUGUACAGAACUUUUCUACACUUUGGAAUUAAACAUGUGACUCUCAGUGGAAAAAUACUUUUUUAAAGUCAAAGAGGAUUUUUUUGAAAAUGUCAACCUUUAUUGAUCUUUUGCUGGCCUUUUUGUGUGUUUUCACUUGAUACACAAUCCAUGAAGUCCAUGACACAAUGUCAACAAAGUCCUGUUAGUCACGGAUGUUGUUUUCAUAUUAAACUAAUGCUCAAGUCAA